AUUUGUAGCCCAAACACAAACACAGACAGCAGCACAGGAGGCAAAUUAUUUAUACCUUAAACCCCCUCUUUUUAGACCUAGCUCUUUUUUAAAAACCUCCUUGGCUUAUUAUCAAGUGUGUGAAUCUCUCUCUCUCUGUUCAAAAAAAAAAAAAAAAUCUCUCUCUCUCUCUCUACCCAAGGAUAAAAGACCUUAACAGUUCAACCCAAGAAAGAGGAAAACCUUUGCCUCCCUUUCCCUCUCUCCCUCCCUCCCUCUCUCCCUCUCUCAACCAUGGCUUCGAACGCCAACGUGCAGGGCUACGGAUCCGAUCCGGCGUCGCCCCACACGACCUUCGUCCAGGCCGACCCGUCGAACUUCCGGGCCAUAGUCCAGAAGCUGACCGGAGCUCCCGAAGACCCCUCCGCCCACAAGCUCCCUCUCACCCUCCCUUCGAGGCUCACCCCCAAGCCGCCGCCGGCCGCGGCCCCCGCCACCUCCAUCUCGGACGUGGGGCUCCGGCGGCCCACCUUCAAGCUCCACGAGCGGAGGCAGAGGAAGCUCGACAUGAUCCAGCUCAACCACAAGAACGUCGGGUUCUACGCGGACAAGCACGGCCUCACCUCCCCGCCACAUCCUCCUUCGUCCUCGCUCUCCCCGACGUGGCUGAGGCAGUACGGGAAAAGAGGCGGGUUGGUGGGGUUCGGCGGCGGCGGCGGCUGCGGCGGCGGCGGCGAGGCGGUGAUGGUGUCGCCCGUGUCGCCGCUGGAUCUCUUCGGGAGGGCGAGCCCAAGAACGCCGACGACUCCGACAUUGCUGUCGCCUCGCGAAAAAGAAGAAGCUGAGGAGAGAGCGAUUGCGGAGAAAGGGUUUUACUUGCACCCUAGCACUCCGAGAAAAGCCGAGCCUGAGCUGCUGCCCCUCUUCCCUCUUCACUCUCCUAGAGACCAAGACCGUCCCUAAUAAUUAAAUCUUAGUUAGCUAACAAAGAACAAGAUCUUUUAAUUCUUCUUCUUCUUCUUCUUUUUCUUCUCGUCCUUUUGGUUCUUGGUGCGUCUGGUGCUCUUAAUUUUGAUCUAGUUUUGUGAGUUCCUUGAGGACCGAUGCUAGUUGGCUUCGUCGGUCGCGUGACUAAUUUGUACUGUACUGUGGCUAUUGAUUGAUUGUGUACUUUGUUCUCUUCUUCCACUUUGCGUA